GCUUCCUUAAGGGUCUCCCUCCUCGAGCUCACCUUUCUGUUGGUUGUGCCGCAGCAAUUUACAAACCACCAUGAUUCUAGGCUCAACAAGGACAAAGCUCUAUUGUUGCUUUUUGUUCCUCCUUUUUGCUACUUUAAUUGGCAAAUCGGCCGCCUCUCUAGGCGAUCAUCUUCCCGACUUCAAGGAAUGCGUCAAGGUCUGCAAGGCUGAGAACUGCCAUGAUGGAAACUCUGUGAUUCCUCUCCACCUUCGUCUCAUGCUGUGGACGUGUCCUUCCGAGUGCGAUUAUACCUGCCAACAUGUUGUGACAGACCGCCGUGUCGCUCGUGACCCUCCGAUGCUGAACCCAGUCCUACAAUUCCACGGAAAAUGGCCGUUUCGCAGAAUCCUCGGCAUGCAGGAGCCCUUCUCUGUCCUUUUCUCCCUCCUCAACUUCCUUGCUCACUGGUUUGGAAUGGCCCGAAUUCGCGAAACGAUUCCUUCGUGGCACUCACUUCGACCGUAUUAUAUGGCUUUUGGAUACUGCGGGCUGGCGUGUUGGACCUUCAGCGCAUUAUUUCACACACGGGACCUUCCAUCAACCGAGAAGCUGGAUUACUUUGGGGCUGGGGCCAAUGUGAUGUAUGGUCUUUACCUUGCGAUCAUCCGGAUAUUCCGCCUUGAUGAAGAAGAACCCCGCCACAAGCCGACUCUGCGCCGGCUGUGGACGAUUAUUUGCGUCUUCCUGUACACUUUGCAUGUGUGCUAUCUGAGCUUCUGGUCCUGGGACUACACCUAUAACAUGAUUGCCAACAUCGUGAUAGGGAUGGCUCAGAACAUCUUGUGGGUAUCCUUCAGCAUCUAUCGUUAUAGGAAAUAUGGCAAGGACUGGAUGACCUGGCCCGCAUUGAUCGUUGUCUGGAUUAUCCUAGCCAUGAGCCUUGAGUUGCUCGACUUUCCUCCUUGGAAUGAGCUCAUUGACGCGCACAGCCUAUGGCAUCUCGGGACAGUGAUCCCUACCGCGUGGUGGUACUUCUUCCUUACCAAGGACAUCCAAAACGACGUGGCCGGAGAGAGGUUGAAGGCCUAAGCUGGUCUUGAAAGGCGGCUUCGCAAUCUGCGAAGACUUUCAAUGCCGCUUCGUAUAUGUAGCGUCCAGUUUCUAGAAUGGUCCUGGUGACCUGAAAUCAUCUGUAUCAUUUGUAGUGCUAUUUGAUUCAACAGUCAAGGAUCUGAAGGCCGCCGAAGGACCUACAACAUUU